CCCACCCACUCUCCCUCCGUCCACCGCACCCUCUCCUCUUCAUUCUCUCGCCGGAAGCCUUUCUUCAAAAAUCGUGGACUCACUAGCCGCUUAUCCACAAGGGAAAUUUCCGGCCACCGGAGAGCACAUGAUGUACGGCUGCGUUAGUGAAAACCAGGGGGCGCUCGACUCCAUCCGGCACCAUCUUCUCGACGAGCCCGACGUUUACCCCUUCGCCGACCCGCCUGGCCACUUGUUCGCUGCUCCAACCUUCAAGCGUUGCCCGAGCUUCGGGUCCACCCUAUUCCCUUGCCUGACGGAGGGCUGGGGCGAGCUUCCUCUUAAGGAGAAUGACUCCGAGGAUGUGGUUCUCCUUCAUGUCCUCCGUGACGCCGUCAUUGCCGGCUGGGCGCCGUCACAGCCGACUGACGGCACCGCGGUGACCGUCUCGGCCGUCAAGCCCGAGCCGGCGGAGGAAUUCCACAUCCCGACCCGGUUUCCUGGCGAUUCCGUGGUGGCGGCAGCAGUGGUACCCCCUCAGCAGCAUCCGGCUGCGGAAAAGAGGAAGCACUAUCGCGGAGUGAGGCAGAGGCCGUGGGGGAAAUUCGCAGCUGAGAUCCGAGAUCCGGCGAAGAACGGCGCGCGCGUCUGGCUCGGCACGUACGACACUGCGGAGGCAGCCGCUCUCGCCUACGACCGGGCGGCAUACAGGAUGCGCGGGAGCAGGGCGCUGCUGAAUUUCCCACUGGAAGUGGGGUCGCUGACGGUGGAGACGGAGCCCGUGUCGCCGGCGAAGAGGUCGGCUUCAUUAUCGCCGUCGUCGUCCUCAUCGUCUUCGUAUUCGCCGAAGCGACGCCGCAAGCAGCAGGACACGGCUUCUUCCCCCAUGUCCAGCCCUGUUCAAGCAGCCCAGAACGGCCUGGACUUCACCGGACGGCAAGACUCCUUCGCUCCCAACCCCGAUGGGACCCCCCUUUCCUUCCUGUGCGCCGACCAGCUAGCGGUCAACUAGAUCGACGUUUUCAUAUGCAUCCACGUCGUCCUUAACGACGGGGGAUAAUCUUCACCUUUCUUUGUGGCAAACAGCUGUUGCUCUGCAAAGUUGUUGUGUGUGGGGCCACCCUCUCUCCUACGUGGCAAACGACACGAGGCUUACAAGUGCUCCUUCGCCUCCUCCCUUGUGUGCUGUGAAUAGUGAAGGGAGGUUCCAAUUCAGGGGCCUGUUUGUAAGAGUGUGGCUUUUUGGGCCGGUUUGGUAUAAAAUUGCCAUUGAAUUAAAAACUCCACUUCAACAAUGUUCAGCAAGACAAA